CCGCCACCGCACUUCUCCAGCCAGAGCCAUCAGCUGCUCGCGUUGGUCCGCUCUUCCAGUGACCCUGUCCACGUAACCAUAAAUCCGCCGAUCGGUCUCCGCGCGAUCCUCUCUCGUUUUCUCACUGUUGGCGGCCGAUCGAUCGCUCAUUCACAGUUUGCUGUUCGUCGCGAUCGGUCGUAAAAGUGGUUCUGCUCCGUAGCUGGAUGUUGACGUCGACGGAACGCGAAAACUUUCACUUCCAAAAUCAGUGAGCCGUGGCCAGUUCGUCCGGGAAGUGUGUUUUUGUGUAGAAUAGUUUGUGCGUUGAGGAGGGUCGUUCGGUUCCGGAAGGGGUUGUUGAACGGGUUUCUGCUGUUGAUUGCUUGUUUGUUGUGGUCCAGUUUCAAGGAAGUGACCCCGUGCGAGGGCAGGUUCGUUGGUCAAUCUCGUGACCGAUAAGAGAAAGUGCAGCUUCGUGAUUGAAUGGUUGGAAAGAUGAUUGAAAAGUAAUCGAUUCCUCACAGUGAAUUGAACAAGUGCGGUUGAUUUUGCAAAGUUGUUCCAAAAAAGAGCCUCACAAAUUAACGUGAAUUGCCGUUGGUCAGUGGCCAGCUCGGCGAGAAAGAAGAGAAUAAAAGUAGCUGCUGGUGACCCACUUUCCGGAUUCCGUUUUCGGGUGGAAUUUCUCUCCGAUUGUUUACCGAAGCAACUCUCCGCAGUACCAGCCAUGGAAUCGCUUAAAAGUGGUGACACCGAAGUGGCCAGCGCCGCGGCCGCCAAGGCCGCCAAGACGGAAGCGGCCCGCAAGAAUUUGGAUUUUAUCGCGAAGAACCUGCUGGCCGGCGGUGUCGCCGGCAUGUGCUCCAAAACGGCAGUGGCCCCACUGGACCGGAUCAAGAUUCUCCUCCAGGCGCACUCCAUCCACUACAAACACCUGGGCGUGUUCAGCGGGCUCAAACACAUCGUCAAGAAGGAGUCCUUUAUCGCCCUGUACAAGGGCAACGGAGCGCAGAUGGUGCGGAUAUUUCCGUACGCCGCGACGCAGUUCACCGCGUUUGAGGUUUAUAAAAAGUACCUGGGGAAGAUAUUGGGGACAAAUUUGCCGAUAAAACACGCGGACAAGUUUGUGGCGGGAGCCGGGGCCGGCGUUACGGCCGUCACGUUGACCUACCCGCUGGACACGAUCAGGGCGCGGUUGGCGUUCCAGGUUACCGGAGAGCACCGGUACAACGGAAUCGUCCACACGGCCGUCACCAUUUUCAAGACUGAAGGCGGCUUCCGGGCGCUGUACCGCGGCUUCGUACCCACGCUGAUGGGUAUGGUACCGUACGCGGGCUUUUCCUUCUACUGCUUCGAGAUGCUCAAGUUCAUGUGCAUGAAGUACGCCCCGGCGUGGACCUGCGACACCUGCGAACGAAACACCGGUGGCCUCGUGCUGUCGGUGCCGGCUAAGCUGCUGUGCGGUGGAUUUGCCGGGGCCGUGGCCCAGUCCUUUUCGUACCCGCUGGACGUGACCCGGCGGCGGAUGCAGCUCGCGAUGAUGAACCCCGAGACGGCCAAGUUUGGCAUGGGCAUGUUCAGCACGCUGGCCAUCAUCUACCGGGAGAACGGCGUCUGGAAGGGCCUGUACCGGGGCAUGUCGAUCAACUAUCUGCGCGCGAUCCCGAUGGUGGCGGUCUCGUUCAGCACGUACGAGCUGAUGAAGCAAACGCUCAACCUGGACACGGGCAUGAAGGUCUAGGACAACUUUUUUUUCUUCAACGGGGUGGCGUUUGAAUGUUUGUAUGUUUGUGUGAACGAGCGAUUUAGGGCAGCUUUCAGAAUGCAAAUCAGAGGGUUUCAAAGAUGAUGAUAAGUGUGUCGUCACCCUGUUCUGUUACACUCGUCGCUGUAUUUAUUUAAAGACAAUGUUCGUUUAAACUUUUAGGACUAAAUUUCUAGUGAAAACCUUCUUCUACUUGAUAGUAUUAGACAAAUUGGUGUAGGCUCAAUUGAAUACAGUUAGUGUACUUAAAAUUUUAACUCUAUGUAGGACAUUGUUUUAUGAUUAUUCUUUAUUCACUAGCCAGGUAGAACAAACUAGAACGAAUCUAGCGCCCAGUCUUCACUCUUUAUCGCUAGUGCACGAUAAGGGGAAAUUAGUUAGAAGAUGAAAACAAAAAAAA